AAACAGUAAAACAAGUGGAGGUGAACAGUUGGAAUAUGAUUAUGAUUAGCAUGAGGAGUCUGCUGUAAUAAUACAUACAUGUAGAGCUAGAUUACAUGCCAUACAUGCAUAUACCAACUGCUAACAAGUGUGUAUUAGAAUCUAAGUCAAAUUAUUGCAAAUAGAGGAGGAGACAAGUAUCAGGAUUCAGAGAGUUAAAGGCUUCAGUUUGUGGUUGUUGUUUUCAGUCUGCAGCUGCUAGUCUGCCAACAGAGCUGGAGUUGCAGCUUUAUUUAAGUAUGGCGGCGUAGUGGCAGGGAAUUACACCUCUCUCUCCCUCUCUCUGAAUAUCUCUCUAUCUCUGAAUCUCUCUCUGAAUUUCUAUCUCUCUCUCUCCCUCUCUCACACAUCUCUCUCUCUUAAUAUCUCCCUCUUUCUCUCCCUCUCUCUAAAUUUCUCUCUCCCUCCCUCUCCCUCUGAAUCUCUCUCUCCCUCUCUCUCUCCCCCACAUCUCUCUCUCUCAACCCCCACACACAUAAUGCUACUAGUUCAAUAAUUCAAGCGCAGCAGCAGAAGGCUGAACAAUUUAUACUCAUACAUUCCCUGUCCGUUUGCAAAAGUCUCCUCUUCCCAAACCAAAAGUGAAUAAAGAGAUAAAGACCUUACUAAACACAAUCACACCCUACCACUUAUUUGAACAACAACCAUAAUCUCUCUCCCCUGUAUAAAUAUCCUCCCCUCCCUACAACAAAAAUAAAUAGCUCUGUUGAUAACCCAUCUACAUGUUGUGGAGAAUCUCUGUGAAAGAAGCUAGGUUUUAGCUAGGUUUAAUGUUGCUAUGGAUUUUUACCUGUUGAUUGAAUUUUUGCAAAAAAGGUCAAAGUCAGGAACAUGGCUAAUUUCUUCUCUCUAGGCGGCGGCGGAGACGGAGGAGGAAACCACCAAACAAGACAAGGCAACAACAACAACAAUAAUGAAAUAAACCCCGAAAGCUGGUUUUUACUCAGCCGAAACAAUACUCACAAUCAUCCUGAUCAAGUAGACUUACACAACAAGGGCUUCGAGCUCUGGCAGCCACAGGAUUAUCCCUCAGGCCUCAACCUGGUCUCGGAUCACUCAAGAUCCAAUGAUUUUUUCAUGCUGCGAAGCGGCGCAAGCAGCAGCACCAGCGGCGGUGGAGGAUCGAUAAGCUGUCAGGACUGCGGGAACCAAGCCAAGAAAGACUGCACGCACAUGAGAUGCAGGACUUGCUGCAAGAGCCGAGGCUUCCACUGCCAGACUCAUGUCAAGAGCACUUGGGUACCCGCUGCUAAGCGCCGCGAAAGGCUUCAACAGCUCGCGGCUUUACAUCGUCGCCGCGAACAACAAGAUCAAGAGGAUGAUAAUGUUUUCCACUAUCAAACCCUACAAAUUCCCCCCAAAAGGCUCAAAGACACUUAUGCUACUGCCAUUCCUAUUGCUUCUUCAGGGUUGGAGUUGGCGAAUUUUCCGGCGGAGGUGGAAUCAUCAGCUGUUUUCAGAUGCGUUAGAGUGAGCUCCGUGGGGAAUUCUGAUAAUCAGUACGCUUACCAGACGUCGGUGAACAUAGGAGGGCAUUUGUUCAGGGGAAUUCUGUAUGAUCAGGGCCUCGAAAUUAGUCAUCGUCAUCAAUUGCCAGGGAGAGAUCAACAAGUUAAUAAUUUGAUUAGAAAUGCCUCCAGCUCCCCUGGGGCUGAGCCUGAUGGGUCGGGAGCUGGUACUUCUCGAGGGGGCGGGGGAGGUGCUCCCGCCCCUUCGCAAGCCACAACGUUUUUAGACCCUUCUUUGUACCACUCAGCAUCACUCAACUCUUUCAUGGCUGGUACGCAGUUCUUCCCUCCCCCGAGAACUUAAAAGAAAGAAGAAAAAUUGUCUACAUUAAUUUUGUUUAAUUCCUCUCAUUAUUAUCUAAUUAGUUCCACUGCAGCAUAUGUUUGAUCUUUGAAUAUGAUAUACGAUAAUACGAUUCGACAUAAGCUCUGAGGUACUCGCUAAGAGUUUUAUGAUAAGGAGGAAUUGAUCAUGAAGAGUUCACAAACCAUUUACCAUAUAGUGUAGUGAAUGAUGAUGAGGUAUUUAUAGCAGAUGUUUAUAUUGAAUUAUAUAUACAGGGCUCAUUGCCACGUCAGCAUUCGGUACACAUUUUUAUAAAUGUUUUGUGAAGUCUGACAUUCAAUUCACCAAUGAGUACGUCCACUGAGGAUAUGGUUCUGAAUUCUGAUGAGUUCUUGCAAUUGUAUUUACCUUGCAUGCAAUUUUAUUAUUAU